CGAUCACGUGACACAGAACACCUGCGAUCAGCUGACCCGAUUGUUUACCUGGUGACGUCACCAGUGCUAUGUUUUGAAAUGACCGGCCGCCGCCAUACUGGUUACUGUUCUAACGUAACGGAGAGUGAGUGAGUCACUGGUGUUAGUGUUACUGGACUGACUCGUUUUAUUAUUUCUUUAUUAUUACUUCACCCACGUAAAGACAGAGGUGGUCAAGCUCGUAUAUACCGUCCGUUGCUAGGGGAAAAUCGCAAGACGCUUCCAAACUUUCAAAUCCUCGAAGUACGUUACCUGGCAAGUUUUAAAAACAGACGUGAAUAUGACCAGCCAGCACCAGAGGAAGCCGACGGCGCGUUCGUUCGUGCAGGCCCUGCGGGACAAGUACUGUCUGGACCCGGAUGAGGGGUUCGGGGACGGAGGCGGAGAAUUCGUGCAGAUCAUGUUCGUGACGGGACCCAGGACGCCGCGCAAGGAGGCCAGGAGGAGCGGGAAACCGGAGCUGGGGCACCUUAAGACGGCGGUUCUGGAUCACAAGCGGAUCACGUACGCCGGGAUUCCGCCAGGGGGCGUGGCUGACCUGUGCCCCAACAUCGCUGACCUUGACCUGUCUGGCAACUGUCUGUCCAGCUGGCGGGAAGUGCUGUCCGUGCUGUCCGCGCUGCCCAAGGUCAAGUCCGUCAACUUCAGCUGGAACAGCCUAAACAACGACACGAGUUUGAUUGACAGCUGGUCUGAGCCGUUUGGGCAGCGACUGGAGCACGUGAUGCUGAACGGCACCGGGGCGGCGUGGGACGUCAUCACGGCGCUGGGGCGGCACCUACCGGGCCUCAAGGAACUGCACCUCUGCAAGAAUGGAUACGAGAUGAUAGAUUUUGACAGUGCUGCCGACUCGGCCGCGCUCGCAAGUUUGGAGACCCUGACACUGAGUGAGAAUCAUAUCAGAAGCUGGGACGAGGUCUGGAAGCUGCGGUACCUCCCGUCUCUCCGCUCCCUGGUGCUGUCGGGAAACCCGCUGGAAGGCCUGGUGAUUGACAGCUCCGCAGACGAUAAAACGUGCAGCGAGACCGCAUCCAUACGCGAAGAAGGCCAGGAACAAUCUCAGUACGAUCCUUCCGCUGCGGUCCUCAGCUCUGAAACGGAAAGUCAGUCCGAAGACGACGCGGAAGACGUCCAGGUAGAUUACUCCGAAGUUCGAGAGCUCGUCCGCGACGUCUUGGGAAAGGUGACGAGGUCAAGUCUCGAAAACCUCAAGAAAUGCGUCCUGGAGGAGUUCAGAUCAAAGUGCGCCGUUGAAGACUCACCAACAGGAGGUAAAGGUGAUACCCAGCCUGUUGACCAAUCAGAUGGCAGUAGAAAUCAUUCCGACCAAUCACAGAAUGGCUGCCAGACUUUUGACCAAUCAGGUAACGGCAGUGAGGCCCUCAGCCAAUCAGAUGCGACUUCGUCACGCCCAGUUGGCCACGCCCACGCGACGCCAUUCGCCGAGCUGAAGUCCCUAUCGGUGAGUGACACGUCACUAUGCAGCUGGAGGGACUUAGAGGGGUUACGGAACAUCCCGAAACUGGACACGCUCAGAAUACAGGGAAUUCCACUACUUCAAGAUGCCAGCCCAGAGGACAGGCGGCAACUCUUUAUCGCCAGCCUGCCCAGCAUCACGAAGCUGAACGGCAGCCGCGUGGCUGAGAACGAGCGGGAGAAGGCCGAGCGGUUCUUCCUGAGACACUUCGCGGACAGGGACGACAGGCCCGCCACCUACCGACUGCUGAAGGAAAAGCACGGUGAUCUGAGUCCGGUGCGGCUGGUGAGCAUCGGGCGCGGGUUUAACCGGUGGGCGGCGGUCCGGCUGGUGUACGGCGGCAGGACCGUGGAGCAGGCCACGCUCAGGACCAACCAGACCAUCGGCAAGCUCAGGGACUACUGCGCGCAUCUGGUCAAGCAGUAUCCGGGGUGGGUCCGGCUGUACCAUGUGGCCAAGAGCAGCUGGGAGGACGGCAGCUCCGAGAUGCAGGAACUCUUCCUGGAGUCCCUCCCUCUCAGCAGGUACGACGUGAAGGAUGGGGACGAGAUCCUGAUUGACGUGUCACGGUCCGGCCGAGAGGCGAGAGUCAAGCCCAGUAACAGGGUCACCAGCAGACCGGCAGCACCGGCUGUGUGAAGACAUAGAACUACAUACUACUAAACAAUACUAGUGUGCACUACAGUAUAAAAUACAAGGACCGUAUGAAUUUAGGCCCCACCAGCAGGCCCACGGGACCGGCUGUAUGAAGACAUUAACACUAAGCGACUGAACAA